CCGCUGCGCCGCGCUCUCCGCUCCAACAUGGCCGCCCGCGGAGCGCCGGAAAUACCGCCCAGUUCCGCUUCCGGUUUCUCGGCAACGCCCACCGCAGCGACAGCGGGGGGUCGGCCACGCCCACCGCGCCGGGCCCCUCCGCCGCUCUCCGCCCCUUCGGCCGCGCCCCCGUAGACCCCUGAGCGCCGCGCUCGAGGCAACCGCGGCCCCGGGAGGGCUCGGCAGGGGGCGCCGCUGGGGCGGCCGCGGAGGGCGGAAGCGGCGCCGUUUCCAGGCAACGGGCUCCGUGUCGCCGGUUCCGGUGCCGACGGCGGGGCCAUGAGCGGGCGGGCGGGGCGGCGGCGGUUGGUGCUGCACGUGGACCUGAACAACACGGUGGUGGCGGCGGACGCGGUGUCGGGGCUGGGCCCGCGGGAGGCGCUGAACGUCUUCCUCAGCACCGCCACCUGGGGCCGGGAGGGGGCCGACGGUAAAUGGCAGUGGAUGAGCGACCGCCCCUCGCUGCGACCCCCCUGCCCCGGAGCCGUCAGCUACUACUGUCGCUAUGGCCGUGCGCAGGGCUUCACCGAAUCCGGCCCCGGCCAGUGCUUCAGCAGCCUCCACGCGCAGCACCUGCGGCUGCUGGAGUGGCCGGGUGAGCCCCACCAGGAGCUCUCCGUGCAGGAUGGGCACGGCAAGCACUACCACUUCAUCCUGCCCUCCUUCUUCCGCCUGCUGGAUGCCCUGCAUCGGAACGGCAGGGACUUCACUGUUAUCUUUAGGACCUUCGGCACCGACUUGCCCCGCGCGCUGUUGGCCCUGCGCUCGGCCCUGGCUGGGCAGCACCCCCAGUUCCCUGCCCUGCGGGACCUGGCGCUCCCUGUGGUCCUCACUCCUGGCCAAAUACGCUGCAGUAAGCGAGAGGUUGUGCUGAAACGGGGAGCAGAACGACUCACCACCAGGGAGGACGGAAGAAAGCUGUACGAUUACUUCAGCUCUUUGGAGGGAAUUGGAGGCUUCCAAGACCACUUUGACUGGUGGGCCAGAAAUCAGUUCUCUUCCCGGGGUGGGAAGCCCCUGUGGAUAGACCCCCACGAUCCCAGCAUUCACCACAUCUUCAUUGAUGACAACAUCCGGCUGGAUGAUGCAGACACCAUUGUCCACCCUCAGCAUGAAUGUGCAGAGAGGGACCAAGGCUUUGUCCUGGUGUCGCUGCUCCCCAGGUGACUGGGGCUGCCGGUGGGGAGGCUGGAAUUGGCUGUCAGCACAGAACAGCAGGCGUUCAAUGCCUGUGCAUGCUGCCAAGCUCCUGUGCUCCGCUGGGGUGAGUCAUCCCUGCUCCCUGCCAGCACGGCAGCCAGCCAGCCUCACUGUGCAACUGCAGUGUCUUGUGGCACUGUAUUUAAAGGGCAGCGUUUGUGGUGGAGCCUGGGAACACUGAUGCAGACCAAAAUGCACUCGGCAACCGGACAAACUAUCGAUGGUCAAACAAGAGCUGCAGCUCCACAGAUGAGUCUUAACCCUGGCUGAGUUCCAUCCAGGAGGAGGCAGCACACGAAGAAGCCUGCAGUGGUCUGCAGGGCACCUGGAGCAUGGCGAAGGAUGGGAUGUUUGCAGAUAUUCACUUCUACACAAGCACUCUCAGAUCUGUAGCUGGUGGCAGGAGUUGUCGCUGCACAGAGCAGACCUGUUAGAGGAAAGGCUUGCUCUGUGCCUGGGCUGACUGAGGUGAAUGAAUGCAGAAGGCUCUGCUGAGAGCCCGAGGUUUCUCUGCAGCAGCUGCUCCCUGCAUGUCUAGAGCAGCCAGAGCAUGGCUCAUGCAGCUCCACUUGCUGCAUUUCAGCCUCGGGCUGUUUCCCUGAUCAAGGAGCUCUGCCUGUCACCAUCUGUAGCCAGCACGGCUGGGUCAGUUGGGCUGCUCUGCUUGUCUUUGGGCAGCUGUGAAUAUAACCUCAGGGCUCCCCUGGCACCAGAUCAGACAGGUGGGAUUGAGUUAUCUUGGCAGCAGACCCAGCAGGGCUUUGGAUAGCAGCUGAGCAGUUUUCCAGCAGGGCUCAGUGCUGCUGUCAGGCCUCACUCUGUAGCCCGGAUGGGUCGGUUAGACACCAUCUUCCUCUUUUGUGUCACUCUGCAGGGCCAUCCCCUGUGUCAGUGACAGUGACAAAGUGCUGCACAGCUGUGCUGGGAAGGAAGCAGGUCAUCAGGCGGCCUUAGGCAGAAGCAUGGUGAAGCUGUUGACCCCUCCUGUGCCAUGUGGCUGUACCAGUUCUGGCAACAGGCUGGGGCAGCAAUGGCAGAGCUGGUGGCAGAGGUUUUCCUGGGGUUGGCUGAUCACAGCACAGUUUUUCUUCCAACAGCCCGGUGCAACCCUUUCCUUAGGGGAGUCCCAGCCACACGUUGUGACAAACUGGUUCUGAUCCAAAGGGGCUGUAUGGGAGGGGAGGGAAAUCUGGAGAAACUUAAUCUUCUACCGCUAGAGUGAAAAUGGGAGCCCUUUCCUGCUGCCACCAGCUCGCUUGGCAGGAGAUGCUCAGUUAGCUGACAGCACCUGGCUGAGGGAGGCAAGAUUGUGAUGCACAGCAGGAUGCAUGCAAUGCUGCCAGGCUCUGCACUUGGGCCGGGCACAGCCCUGGCACUGUUGUCCACAGAGGAUGAGUGCUUCCAUACUCU